AGGAAGUUCUCAACCACAGGAGGAGCUGAUGAUGAUUAAAGGAAGAGCUGUAACUAUAUAAUGAAGAGAAAGACUGACAGAAACAGAAAAUGUCUGAUCAGUGUGAUCUGUGUCUGCUGGGACUGAUCAUUCUCUCUUCACUUCUCACAGGUAUCAGUGGAGUGGAUUAUGCUCAUGUGUUCAUCAGUUCUGGUGAAAAUGUCCGUCUGCCCUGUAAUGCUCUUUCUGACUGUAAAUCAACUACAUGGAUCUAUAAUCGUUUCAGACAUUCAGCAGCAGUUGGACUGAUUGAAUUAGGGAAAAAGAAGAAAGACACAGAGAGACAUGAGAGACUGAGUCUGGGGUCUGACUGCUCUCUGAACAUCAAGAACGUCACAGAAGAAGAUUAUGGAUUAUACACUUGCCAACAAUUUGUGAAUUGGCAGAAACAAGGACCUGAUGCAGGUGUUUAUCUGCAUGUUCUUCAUGUUUCAGUGUCUCCAUCAUCAUCAUCAUCAUCAUCCUCACAGACUGAGAUCAGUCCAGGUCGCUCUGUGACUCUCUCCUGUCAGUUGUAUUCAUAUACUGGAUCCCUCUGUGAUGAUUGGGUUUAUUAUAAUGAGGGACUUCAUCUGUUGUGGGUGAAUCAGGCUGGUGUUGAUCUGAAGACAGACUCCAGAUAUCAGAUAUUAUUCUCAUCAGAUCACUGUAUCAUCACUCUGACUACAACACUCCUGAAUGAAGAUGACAACAGAGAGUGGAGAUGUCAGCUUACUCUCAGAAAUCAACUCCAGACCUCAGUCAGAUACACUGUCAAGUAUUCAGCACUGAUUCCAGUCAGCAGCUCAAACUCUGAGAAGAAAUCAAGCCAAACUACAGCAGCAGCUCCUACACAAGAGAAUCAGAAGUCAUUAAAUACUCCAAACUCUGAGAGGACAGCAGCUGCACAAACACCUGGAUUUACUGAACAACAAGUUGUACCAUCAACUACAGCAUCAACACUGACUCCAACUUCUCUAGUGAUUGUGAUUGUUGUCGCUUCAUUCGCUGUUCUCCUUCCUGCUCUUAUUCUCUGGAUGAUUCGCAGAAAAAGAGACGAUAACAGAAGAGGAACUGAUGACUCUGAGGAUCAUCAAACACGACCUGUCUAUCCAACAGGACAGAACACUCUUCUUCAACAGGAGCAGACGGAUGAUCAUGUGACUUAUUCUGAGGUCACUGCGUACAGUAAAAACCAAGAGCAAAAGAAGAAGGUUCGCUGUGAUGAUAAAGUGACUUAUGCUUCCAUCAGAGGAGCAAAAGCUGGAUCUCAGGAAAACUGCAGUGAACUUUAUGCCUCUGUGAACAAGAACCAUCACAAAUCAGUCAAAUAAUGACACAAAAACCACAUGAGCAGAAGAAUAUGAAUCUAAUAGAACUGAGUCCUAAUGGUGUCAUUCAGUGCCAUUAUAAAUACUUUCAAUGUCUUUUACAUGUUCACAAACAAACCCAAGUGAUGCUCUGAUUUAUUUGUAGUUAUUGCUUAUUUUUCUCAGUUCAGCAUGUUUUUUGUAUAGUUUCUGUCUGCUUGUUGAUCAGUUAAUGCUAGUGUCUUUAUUAUUCAUUCAGAGCUGCAGGUUUGGACAAAGUCUAGAAAAUGACGACACUUUUACUCUCUUAUAUCAUUCUCAUUAAAUGUCAAAUAAAUGGUGAAAUUAUAACAGCAUUUUUAAAAUUCUGAAUUAACAGCACUUUCAAAUAAAUAUUCUUCAAAGUUUUA